AUGGCUGAAUCAGGCAGAGUGGAUGCAGUGAGAACACUCUUGAACAGAGGAGCCAGCCUGCAGAGCAAGGAUGAGUUCGGAGAAACACCAUUGCAUUACGCUGCAGAGAAUGGCGAGUACAAGAUCGUCGAGCUGCUGGUAAGAGCCGGUGCAGAUAUUACGACAAAGGACGACGAAGGCCGCAUCCCGGUUGAUAAUGCGCUCCAG